AUGAUCAGAGGCCCAGGAGCACUUCACACCACACCACACCACACCACACCACACCACACUAUAUCACACCACACCACGCCACGACGCGACACAACACGCUACACCACACCACACCACACCACACCACAUCACACUAUAUCACACCACACCACGCCACGACACGACACGCCACACUACAUCACACCACACCACACCACACCACACCACACCACACCACACUACCAUUACGAUUACCAUUCCACACCACACCACACUAUACCAUACCAUCAUAAGAUAUUACACCACACCACACUACUGUUACGACACCAGUACUAUGCCACUCCAGACCGCACCACACUACACCAUUAUGACAAUAACUCACCACACCACACCAGCAUUACAAUACCAUCAACACACCACCACCACCACCAAAAAAGAAAAACCUUUAAGCGAUCCUACCACGCUACACCACACCACAACCACUCAGCACCACACCACAUCACACACCACCGCUACUUUACGGGUCAAGGGAAACAGCCCACAGCACUCCACCACCUCGCCUCGCCUCCCCGCUGCCCGGCCAUCAAAGCUGCUUAUCGGUCUCCCCGCCCGCUGCCGCCGCCGCCUCCCGCUGCCUCCCCGCGGGCGUGA